GACAUUUCGCUCACUCCUGGCUUGCACCCUCUCUCAUUCUCCACCUGAGGAAGGACUUCCACUUAUAAGGGAUUGUUUAUCCUGAGGAAUUCUGUGCCUAAAGCCUUUGCCGGCAUCAUAAUUUCAUUCAUGAUGUACAGCUUCAUGGGAGGGGGCCUGUUUUGUGCCAUUGUGGGAAACAUCUUGCUGGUGGUCUCCACGGCCACAGACUACUGGAUGCAGUACCGUCUGUCCGGCAGCUUCGCCCAUCAGGGCCUGUGGAGAUACUGCAUGUCUGGGAAGUGCUACAUGCAGACCGACAGCAUCGCCUACUGGAACGCCACUCGAGCUUUUAUGAUCCUGUCCGCCAUGUCGUGCUUUGCUGGCAUCAUUGCAGGAAUCCUCUCCUUCGCUCACUUCUCUGCCUUUGAGAGGUUCAACCGAUCAUUUGCUGCUGGCAUCAUGUUCUUUGUUUCAACUCUUUUUGUCCUGCUUGCAAUGGCCAUUUACACCGGUGUGACGGUGAACUUCCUGGGCAAGCGUUUUGGUGACUGGCGUUUCUCUUGGUCCUACAUACUAGGCUGGGUGGCUCUGCUCAUGACCUUUUUUUCAGGUAUAUUCUACAUGUGUGCCUACAGAAUGCAUGAGUGCAGAAGAGUGGCCGGCCCUCGUUAAAGUAGACCAGGAAAAAAAAAAAACAAGUAGCAGAAAAUGAUGUCACAACUUACUGAUGAAUAAACUGUGGAAGCUUGCAUAUCUACAAA